GAUUGUCUGUAGGAAGAUUUAUAAACCCAAUUUCGAUAAGGUUAUUUAUUUUUGAAAGAAUAAUGGCUGCAGAAACAGAUCUAAAGUGGAAAUUACCGGGAUGGAGGAUUGAAUCUAAAUAUACGAAUAAUGUUCUCAUUGGAAAUUGGGAUGAAGAGCGUAGAAAAUUUGAACGUGGUAGGAGUCACUACAACAGCACACACAGGACUGAUUUCAAAAAUUAUGGACAUUUCAGACCGGACACCACCAUUCGAAGAGAGAGUGUGAUUAGAAAUGAGGGCGUAGGAAAACGCUACAUUCUUUCUCAUCAUGACAAGAACUAUGAAGGUAACUGUAUCUCCUGGUAUGAUCAGCAAUUCAACAAUCGUGAGCAAAAAGAAUCAAAACUACCAGCAUUGAGAAAAUGGGAUGGAAAGGUCCUUGCCUAUGUUCCGGAAAAAUCAGACUUCCCAAUUCAAGGGGCACCAACAAAUUAUGGACUAUAUCAAAAGCUUUUAAAGAAAUGGAAAGAGCAGGAAGUAGUGGAGAACAUUGGUGAAUUUGCAACAACAUACAAGCUUUCAUAUGUUCAUCAGCAACCCCCAAUUGUACCACAAAGCAAGAGAGUCACACCCUUGAAAUCAAGCCCACAAAGAUGGUCAAGUAAAUUACAUCCCCAUCAAGUGAACAAGGAUCUUUAUUUACGUGAUGUACAUAGAAACACUGCACCAGAAAGGCACUCACUAAUAGCAAUAUAGUUGUAAGAAAAGUUAGGGAAUGA